AUGAAAUUAGCACUUUUCAUCCUCCUCUCCCUCCCAGUGGUACUAUCCCGUCCACAAGCCUACUCUGAUGAAGCCUUUGAAAUCAGCACAAACGCUGCAGCAGAUGUCUCCCAUAUCACCGCCGCCACGAUCCCCCCAGUAGACCAAGAUGGUACCUGGGAAACCCUAACCACCAGCCACUACCACCCCGAAACCACAGGUUCAACACCCACCACUACUGUGCCAAUUUCAGAACAUCCAUCAGCUCAAUCUGUUGCUACAGACGCUUCAGUUUCAAGUUCAACCCCUGGUGGAGCGGUUGAGACAUUAAGUCAACAAACCGCCCAGCCAAUAUCACCUACUCACAUCGAUAACCAUGGAGUCAAUGAAUUACUGGCUGGAGUUAGUAAUACUCUAUCAUCACUCUCAAACUCCGGAUCCGGCGCCGAUUCAUUAAUUUCCAGCGGGGGCACAAAUACGGGGCUGGAUACUUCAGACUCAGCCACUGAAUCGCGUGAUAUAGCACAAGAUAUUAACUCCGUUGUCGAAAGUACUGAAAACGAAUUCCUGGCGUCAUCGCAACAAACAGUAGAACCGGGGUUUGUACCAGUAUACUCCGCUGGGGGACAUUUUGUAGCAGAAGUUACGAUAGGUUCGAGUUAUCUGUUGAUAAAAGUCGAUACCUCGUCUUUUCAUUUUUGGGUUAUAAGUAAUUUAUUACCGGAUUUGUGUCGAGAGGCGACGAAAGCGGGGUCUGGGUGUUAUAAACCUGAUCCGGAGGCUACGGUUAUCCCUGGGAAUGUGGGGUAUACCUUUAGAUAUAGAGACGGAGCUCAAGCUAGUGGGACACAGAUAUAUUCCGACACCGUAUCCGCCGCUGGAAUCUUCGGAGCCGCAUCAUGGAGCAAGCAAGUAUUCGCCUUACCUUCCCAACUACAACAUUGGGACGGUUCAAGUGGUAUCUCCGGAAUCCUGCCCCUAGGUUUCAACGCCAAAGAAUACUGGACAUCCAAAGCCUCAUCGUCAACCAGCACGACUAGUCCGACAAGUAACAACGCCACCGAAAAAAUUCUGGAUGAAUCACCGUUAGAUAUUACUAAUUGGCAUUUUUUUACGACGUAUUUUAAACCGGGUUCUCAGAUGUUUGUUGGGUUUGAUUAUGAUCCUAAGGAUUUGUAUCAGGGUAAUUUGGUCGAGGUGCCUGUUGCGGCGAUUAAUGGGAGUUGGUUUGUUAUGCCGGAUUCUACUUGGGCUACCGUUGCGGUAGGGAGUGGAAGUGCUAGUGCUACGGCGGCUGCGACGGAUGCGGGGAGUACUCCUGCGGCUACAGCUACGGACACGGGAUCUGGGUCUGGAUCUGGUGCGGGGCCAUCUGCUGGGGAUAGUGGGAGUGUAUCAGCAUCCCCUACUGAUACCGAAACUAACAGCCCAGCAGCGACAGCCACAGAUUCUGGGAACUCGACCUCGAUAACAACUACAGAUACUGGAGAUGCUGGGUCGGCUACGGCAACAGAUAGCGGCAGCACAACUGCCACUACCACUGAUCAAGAAAGUACCAUAACCGAAACUGCGAGCUCCAUGGAAACAAGCUCCGUCGAAAGUCUUUCCGCCGAAAACGCAGCAAAUACACAACUCGUCGCUACUGCAGGAACAGAUUCUAUUAAAAAGAGAAGCCUCCAAAAAAGACAGGACUCUGCAUCUAUGCAGUACCCCAUUCUUCUUGGUUAG